UGGUGUCUGUCAGGGGGAGGCGCUGACGGGCGAACGCCCGCGCUGCUCAGGCUGGAAGGUUCGCCGCCGAGCCCGGAACCCAGCGACCCGGGAAGGCUCCCCUGAGACGGGGUCGCCGCGGGCAGAGGAAAGACGAGCCGUGGGCGCUGGUGGUUUGGGGGCGCGGGGGGGGAGCCACCGAGGGUGCCGCCGUCAGUGUCUUCCAGGAGCCCGCGGGUGACCGGAUCCUCUCUGUCCCCACAGCUCAUUUCUUGCACCUGUGUAAGGCCGAUGUCAUUAUUCCAACGGGACGGAGCGGGUGCGGCUCCUGGUCAGAUGCAUCUAUAACGGGGAGGAGGACGUGCGCUUCGACAGCGACGUGGGGGAGUUCCGGCCGGUGACGGAGCUGGGGCGGCCGAGCGCUGAGUACUGGAACCGCCAGAAGGACGUCAUGGAGCAGAAGCGGGCCGAGGUGGACACGGUGUGCAGACACAACUACGGGGUGGGUGAGAGCUUCACGGUGCAGCGGCGAGUUGAGCCUACAGUGACCGUGUAUCCUACGAAGACCCAGUCCCUGCAGCACCACAACCUCCUGGUCUGCUCUGUGAAUGGUUUCUAUCCAGGCCACAUUGAAGUCAGGUGGUUUCGGAAUGGCCAGGAAGAGGAGGCUGGGGUCGUGUCCACAGGCCUGAUCCGGAAUGGAGACUGGACCUUCCAGACCCUAGUGAUGCUGGAGACAGUUCCUCAGAGUGGAGAGGUCUACACCUGCCAAGUGGAGCACCCAAGCUUGACGAGCCCUGUCACCGUGGAAUGGAGGGCACAGUCUGACUCUGCACAAAGCAAGAUGCUGAGUGGAAUUGGAGGCUUUGUUCUGGGUCUGCUCUUCCUUGUGGUGGGGCUGUUCAUCUACUUCAGGAAUCAGAAGGGACUCCUGAGUUGACAUGCGGAUGGUGAUACUCCAGGAAGAACCUUCCUUCCCAGCUUCUUCGCAGAGUGAAAGGCCUCCAGCUCUCAUUCCUCCACACAUACAGUGCUUUCUCAGAUGGGGUUGGCCCGGCUUCAGUGACCCUGCAGCACCUGUCCUCCCUGUGGUUCCCUCUGCCCCGUCCUUGACCUGGAAGCCCCAGUGUGACUGCAGUACCUCAUCUGCAUUCUCUCCAGGUCCUCUUCUAUGCAGCCCUUCCUGCCUCCCUCGCAUGGGAACUCACCUGCUGCUCACGUGUCCUUAUAAGCUUUUCUCAAAUAAACAUGGGGUGAAAAUCA